CUUUACCAGGAAUCAGUUCGUCAACACUUUGUCUCUCAGUCUGGAUGAGCUCCUCGGUGUGAGAGACAGGACCCACAUUUGAUCACAUCCACUAGCUGUCCUCCGCCUCGGAUCCUGUGGGAUACAUACUGAUAGACCUUACUCACUCAGAUUCAGGAUAUCUGUAGUCACUCAGGGGGGAGGGUGGGUCUGCUGGCAUACGGACCGAGCUUGAAUCAUAAUGCACUGGUUAAAGAAUAUAGUGUCGUUGAAAACCAGGGCGUACAUUAAGGACUACUGCAAGAGGAACGGCCUGCUGACACUCUCCGUCUUCGCUGUAGUGACGGGCUGUGUGCUUGGAUUUGUCCUCAGGGCCUUCAACCUGUCCACACAGGCUAAGAUCUACUUCUCCUUCCCUGGAGAGCUGCUGAUGAGGAUGUUAAAGAUGUUGAUUCUGCCGCUCAUCACCUCCAGUCUCAUGUCCGGCCUGUCAGCCAUGGACACGAGGGCAAGCGGUCGGCUGGGAGUCCUGACCAUCACCUACUACCUGUGGACCACCUUCAUCGCUGUCAUCGUCGGCAUCGUGCUGGUGCUCAUCAUUCACCCGGGGACGGGCUCAGAGAAAGAGGGCCACCAUGCAAGUUCAGGGCCUGUUAUGACCUCCGCUGACGCUCUGCUGGACCUCAUCAGGAACAUGAUCCCGUCAAAUCUAAUUGAAGCAACUUUUCAGCAGUACCGAACGGACCUGGUCCCGAUUGUACAGAACUCUGGUAUAAAAGACUCUCAGGCCAACUAUGUGUAUAUCAUGCCCGACUACCACAACCCUCAACUGGGCCACCCGGUCUUCCUGGAGAUCACCCCUGCUCCCGACAUCAAGUAUAAAAUCGUCCCCAGCACCAGCAAGGGCAUGAACGUACUGGGGAUUGUCAUCUUCUCCGCCACAAUGGGUCUGCUGCUGGGAAAGAUGGGAGAACGCGGGGCGCCAUUAGUGAACGUGUGCCAGUGCAUCAACGAGUGCGUCAUGAAGAUUAUUAACGCUGCCAUGUGGUACUUCCCCUUUGGCAUUGUGUUCCUGGUGGCAGGGAAGAUCCUGGACAUGCACGACCCGGCCCACCUGGGAGAGAAGCUGGGCAUGUACUUCAUCACGGUCCUGUGUGGUUUGUUUGUGCAUGGCCUCAUCCUGCUGCCUCUCUUCUACUUCUUCUUCACUCGCAAAAACCCCUUCACCUACAUCAGAGGGCUGCUGCAGGCUCUUGUCAUUGCACUGGCCACAUCAUCCAGCUCAGCCACAUUGCCCAUCACCAUGAAGUGUCUCUUGGAGAACUGUGGAGUGGACCGGCAGAUCGCUCGCUUCGUGCUGCCAGUGGGAGCUACCAUCAACAUGGAUGGGACUGCCCUGUACGAGGCAGUGGCGGCCAUCUUUAUCGCCCAGGUCAAUGAGUAUGACUUGGACUUUGGUCAGCUGGUCACUAUUAGUAUAACGGCGACAGCAGCCAGCAUCGGGGCAGCUGGGAUACCUCAGGCGGGUCUGGUUACCAUGGUGAUUGUCCUGACCUCGGUGGGGUUGCCGCCUGCUGACAUCUCGCUGAUUGUGGCCAUAGAUUGGGUUCUUGACCGGUUCCGGACGAUGAUCAAUGUUCUUGGUGAUGCCUUAGCUGCUGGGAUUAUGGCUCAUUUAUGUCGGAAGGACUUUGAGAAAGCAGCCAAUAAUGGUGCAACUCAUACUCCAUCUAAUGCAGAAAACGGAGGUGGCCCUAAUCGGAGAGACACAGUAAUCUCCUUUGGUAAUCAGAGCGUGGCGAUGUCCGAUGCUCCUCUGAUCACACACCGCUGCGAUUAUGUGUAUGAGGUGGAUGGAGACAACGUGCUGGAGAAACCUGUGGCCUGCUACAACCUCUGCCAAGUAUGAGACACUUCUACAGGACAGAGAGCAAGGGAUACUGCCUUUUUUUUGGAUCAAAGGGACCAUCAUCUGAGGCCAGAAAUAAUCCAGUUUGGAUAAAAUUGUGUUAGGUUUCGGUUCUAAAUGAGACCAAAGUUUGAGUAUAUUGUGGUGUCAAUGUUUAGCGGCUUAAAUGGAUUUCGCCUGUGCCAUGCCGAAAACAAAGACCUUCAUUACUUGAUAUACAGUAUGUCUCCAUUCAAUUUUUGACUGUGAGGAAUUGCACAAGUUUCACAUGUAACCUAAAUCUUCAACAGACUGCACCUGCAGAUAUGUGUUGCAAUGACACGCAUUAGAUGGAGAUUAGCGUUUAUCAGUCAGCUGUGACACUUAGACAUUCACAGUAGGCCUGUCCUAAUGUUUAAUCAAGGUUUUGAGUUGCCUUAACAUGAUCUCAGUGUUGACCAUAAUUCUGAGAACUUGAAAGACUGAUUGACAAGGAGCACAUUUAUUUUGUUGAAGUGAACCUUUAUGUUAGACAAGGCAUUUGUGGAUAGAUAUUGAUAUUAAAGCAACAUUAAAGCUGGGGGAGGCCCUUUAUUUUUGGCGUUAUUGGGCAAAAUGUCCAUAAUAAUCAUUUAGGAUAUUGUAAUUCAAGUGGUCUGAGAGAAAACUAGACAUCUGAAUCUCCUCCUGGCUGUGUAGUCAGUUUAGUAAAUCUACCCGUGAUGGGAGACUUUGGCCAAUCGCAAAUCAUUUCAGAGAGAGAGAGCGUUCCUAUUGGCUGUUCUGCCAAUGCAAAUGCAGUUUUGUUUACGGCAGCUAAUUCAAGGCUAAACUAUUAAUAAGAGACUUUUAUUGUGAACGAAAUUGUGUAAAAAAAAAAAAAGCAGUCCAGUUUAUUGUCCAGGGAACAGACAUUUGCUGUGAAAACAGUUUGGGGAGCUGGUCUGCUGGAGUUAGCCCUUAGCCUAGCACGAACACCGGCUCAUUUGCCAUGUUUAGCCUGGGGCGUCUCCUUGUUUAGAUGGCAGCAGCCUGCUACGAGGACCAGAGGUCUAAGCCUACUGCUGCCAUCUGUACGAGGACACGCCAGAGCCGGUCUGAGAGGAAACGGAAACGCAGUAGACGAGUCAGUAGUUUAGUCUUCUGCUAACCGUAGCUCACGGCUGCAGCUAUUUUAAGUUCAUGUUUAUAUAGCUAACUAGAGCCUCAAUUCAUAGUAUGUCAUCUCAGAGGGCUUUAGAGUGAAAACAGGAUAUUCUCAAGAAUUCGCCGCUAUAUAACGCCACCUCUGAAUGAAAUAAAUUAUUAGUACUCGUAAAUGUUACGGUUUGAAGCCGGCGCAUGCCCGUGUUUGCCUAAUGGUAGGGGCUAGACAGAGAUGGGAGAGGGAGAACUGAAGGAAGAAGUCCCACUCUACUUCAAAUUCUAGCGUUUUUUUUUUCUACCUCCUGCAGCUUUAAUAAAAACAUAUUUACAUUAUGCUAGUAAGACAAUCAUUUGUGUUUUUAUACCUGUGCUUUGAAUUGUGUUGUUUUCUAAUAAAAACCUGCUGUACUACAA